AUGGUCGUUCAAGGUCCAGCUGGGCCCGGUAAUUACAACACUGCCGGCAAACGCAGACAAAAUAUAGCUGUUGGCAGCACGCGGUCAAUUUGCGGAGAUGGCUCGGGAGUUGAAUUCCAGCUGGUUGGGAGCAUAGGAAAACAGGCUGCGUUCAGAACCCUGGUAAUCGAUACCGUGCCCUUGCGGUGCGCCCUUGCUGAGCCCUUGCUGAGCCAUGAUGUCAAAUCUACCUGCAGGUACCUUGGAGUGACUCUCUUCCGCAAUCCCCGCGUUCGCUACCGCCUCAACACAGUUAAUAAUCAAUCGACUGCAUCUUCUCUAUCAACCUCAACCUCAACCUCAACCUCAACCUCAUCCUCAUCCUCAUCUCCAUUACUCGGUCUUAACCCUCUUCCCCCGUCCUCCUCCCUCUCCCUCCUCUCCCUAUUCCACCAUCUCAACCCAGAUCAUCCUCGCAUCUGCCCCAUUCCGCCCCGCUGA